AGAGAAGGAGGGACGAUAAGUGUCAAUCUGUUCAGACUUGUUGGGGAAUUUGAAGAAGGGGGGGAGGAGUGAGAGAAAAACAGAGGAUAAGAAGGACUAGAGACGGAGGGCGUAGAGAGCCAAGUCAUAAACAUUCGUUUUUUUUCUAAAGGACAGUCUUUGUUGAGAACAGCCAGAACACACACACACACACACAGAUAGUUAGGAUUGGACAGUAGCUGAAGCGGAACAUUUUACUCACUCAGAAUGAAUAGGAGAAAGGAAUGCUGUGUGUUGUGCAACCCCUGCUAGGUUUACAAUACCUGUCCGAGGUCUGCAGAAGCGCAGGCUGGAUCUCCCCUAAAGACCAGCUACAUUCAGGUUCAGAUAGUUAUGGGACUCUGUGGACCCAAAGAUCCAGCUGGACCUCAUUUGACACACUCUCCGACUUAAACACUUCUGACCAGAACCACGAUCCAAGCUGAGGACUCUCCGCUGAAAGUUACCCCCAAAACAGGAACUCACUCCCAGAUGGAGAGAGAGAGGGAACGGCGCAGAGAGGAGAAACGGUGGAGGGAACAAGAGAUGAACAGAUUAAUGGUCAGAACCGGAAAGAGGGGGAAAGAGACUGACCGGACUGAGAGUUACGGGGAGGGUGACCGAGUCCCGGGUCCUAGAUGGAGGGAAACAGAGAGAGAACAGAGAGAAAGAGAUGGAAGAGGUGGAGACGGGCACCCUAGAGGAAGGCCCAACUCACAUUAUGAGUUUGGGCCGGCGAGAGAACCGGAAACAAACAGAGGGAAAGGCGACACGUUUCCUAGGAUGAGGACAAAGAGCAAAGAUCGAGGGAGGGGCAUGAGUCCUUUUAUAGAAGAGGAGGAGGCAGGAGAUGCAGGGAGGCAAAGGGAACGACUAAGAGAGAUGGAAGUGAACGACAAGGAGAGUGACAGAGAGAGAGCAGCGAGGAGAGGCGGGCAGAGAGGCGGCGAGAGAGACCAGUGGCACAGAGAGGAACAGAGCAGGGACAAGGAGAGAGGGGGGGUACGGGUCAGGGCGAGAGAGGAGGGAGAGAAGAACGGAGGGAGACCCAUGGAGGAUGGGCUGCCGAGGCAGAGAGAGAGGCAGAGGCAGUCUGACUCUGAUGUGAGAGAGAGGAGGAGAGAGCGGGACUCGGAGGGCAACGACCUGUGGAGCAGAGGAGCGAACGGUGCGAGCAGGGAGGGACCGAAUCCCCGACAGCGGGAAAGAGAGGGAAGGUAUUAUUCACCACAGACAAGGAGAGAAAGAAAUGGAGAGAAUCAUUCAGACAGAGACCACAGAGAGAGGAGAGACAAAAUGAGAGACAUCAAGAGUGAGGGGGACAGUGAUGGGGAGAGGACGAGGGAGAAUGUUAGAAAUGACCGUAGAGAGGAGCAGAGGUAUCAUCACAGCAGGAGCGAAGGAGACAACGGAAGUCUAGCGAGGGACAGAUUGACAGAGACGGAGAGAGAGAGACAGCGAUGGAGAGAGGAGGAGCGGAAGGCCUACAGCGAGAGGGGCGGAGGGAGAGACACAGACAGACACAGGGACAGGGAGAAAUACAGAGAGGGGGAUCGCAGAGAGAGAAGAGAUUGGGGGGUGGAGAGAGAGUUGGAAAGACAGAGGGAUGCUGGGAGAGAGAGGCCGAGUGGUCGACCAGAGGAGCGCCGGAGACAGAGGGACCCAGAGUGGGAGAGAGCGCAGGCGCAUGUUCCAGGUGAGAGAGGGAAGAGAAGGGAACGAGAAAGAGAAAGGGGGAGUCAUCCUGAUAGGAAGGAGGAGGACGACGACAGAAUGUUCCGGGAGAGGAGAAACAGAGAGAGAGAUCCCACAAUGGAGGGGGUGGCAAACAGGAUAAGUCGAUCGCCGAGCGAGACAGUCAGGAGGGGGCCGCCGCGAGCGACGAGUAGCGGAGAGUGGAGCAGCGAUAUGGAGGGUGACAGAAGAUGGAGGAAGGACAGAGAAAGACCUGGGGGAAAAGAGUCAGAGAAAGAGAGCGUUGCAGAGAACGAAAGGGACGAGGAAGAGGAAAGGAGGAGAAGAACAAGGUAUAAAGACACGGCUCAAGGAGAUAGACCAGAUAGAGAGAGGGAUGGAGAGGAAGAGAAGAAAUCUACCAGAUCAGAACAGAGAAAGAUGUGGUUGGAACCACAGAGAGGCAAACACAGCAACAACUCUUCCGUAGAGGAGGAGUUCAUGGAGAGGAAAAGGUGUGGAGAGGAGAAUAGAAGGCUGCAAAGUGAGGAAAAGAGCCUGACAGAGAGAGAGGGACGAGCCCUGGUGGAACGCGAAAGACGGAGAGGGAGAGAGAAGCUCAGAGGAGAAGGAGGAAAAGCGAGGGCGAUGGAAACAGAAGGCCUGAAUGUUGACAGGGCGGAGGAGUGGGAGGGGCGGGGAGGAACGGAUCGGGGGGAAGAGGAACCCCUGCGUUGUGGUGAUGACACACGAGAAGAGAGAGGGCACAGAGAGGAGGAUGACAAACACGGGAGUGACGGAGAGGAAGAGGGAGGGAGUGACAGAUGUACGCGCCGUGAGAGCGAGGGAGGAAGUGAAAGAGAGGGGGAGGAAGAAAGAGAGAGAGCACACAGCUUAGCCGAGGACGGGUUCAUCACAGUGUCCAGCGGAGGGGACGAGGAGGACGAAAGGGAGGAGUUUGAGGACUGCAAAGAAUUCUGGGAAGGUGGGGUGGCUUGUGAUGUUCCCAGGGAAGCAGUCGGCUAUAAGGGGUGUGAGGGAGAGAUGCCGCUCAGUGGAGAGAGGGAGAGAACAGGGAAAUGGACAGAGAAAGCAGAGGUUGCAGUGGAAGGAGGUGGAGAGGAGAGAACAGAAAAGAGGAAGGAAGAGAACUCCACCUAUGUGUUCUGUCUGAUUGGACAAACACUGCCUAGGUCAAGGCCCAAUCGGAUGUCAGCACAGGAGCAAAUGGAGGGAGAAGAGACCAAUCAAAACCCAGGAAAUGAACAGCACGGGACAGCUAACGAGAUGGGGGACCCACAACACAACGAUUCCUACCAAGACGCGCAGAACGAAAGACAGGAAGAUGGGGAUGAUCUGCAUGCUCCGAACCAAGAGAGAACGUGGGUGGGUGACAGUCACAGAGCCUCAGACCCAUCGAAGGCAGAGGAGCGAGGGGAGAGAGGAGGAGUAGAGGCCGAGCUGGAAAACCCAUAUGCUGAGAUAACCCUGAGGAGAGACUUGACAACGGAAGCGCUCCUCAAAGAAUGGAGGGAAAGAAACACAGCGUCCCCCCGGCAGACAGAGAGCGACAGAGAGCCAUCCUCCCAUAUCACCUCCGGCCCCGCUGCGGAGGCCCCUCGCCCUGGAGCUCCUGUGUCCGACGGGGCCACCCUCGGUGGGCUGAGCCCGGACGAGCAGGUGGCCCUCCGGAUCCGGAUGAGCGGAGCCUGGAGCCUGGAGGAGGAGGCCAAGAGACACUCCCAGGCGCCUCACCUGAAGUGGGCCAAGAACGUGGUGAGCGAGAUCCUCGGCUCCUCAGAGGACCCCGGCCGGGAUGAUCCCCGGGCGGGCUUACGGGCAGGAGGUCCUGCUGCAGAGGGGGGCAGAGCAUCUCCCGUCUACUCCACUAUAUGGAAGGUGGGCGUACCAGGACGCGACUCGGGGGCGGAGCCUGAUCAGCGAGAGGCGGAGCUGCGAGGGGCGGAGGAAGUGGGAGGUAUGAUGCAGAGCCGGCAUGACAUGCAUGUUGACGCACACAAGGCCAUGCAUGGGGACACGCCCACAAGCACGCAUGCAGACACUUUUACUAACACGGAGAGAGAGGAGGAGGGCCGCAGCGAGGCCCUGGACGCACGGACAGACGUCCAGUUAGAGCCGGUCCCUGAUGACGAGGGUCAGAGGGUGGGUGACCCUGUAGACAGAGGUAGGGACAGCCAGACAGAGGAAACAAAGAGGGACACAGACGAGGAACUGGAAUACUACCUGGCUGUCACAAACAUUUUGUACAAACCCAACAGCUGUCCCAGUCUCUGCUGUCCCUGCCCAGAACUGUCCAUCCCCACCAUACAGGUGGAGGGAGAGGAUCACGAGGGGCAUGCUAUGAGGGAGGGAGAGGGGAACCGUCUGGGAAACGAGAGUGCGGUAGGAGAUGGAGAGAGUGCGGGGGAGGAGGAGGAGGAGGGGGAGGAGGAGGAGGAGGAGAGGGACAAGAUGGCGGAGGGGUUCCAGGGGAGAGGAGAGGAGAAGAACACGGUAAAGAACAGCUUCAGUUUCCAAGAGUUCAGGAGGAACGGCAUCCGCCGGACAACUGUGAGAAGAAAAGACGAGCUGAGAGGAGAAGAGGAAGGAGGAGUUGGAAGGGACCGCAGAACCAAAGUGUUCCCUUUGUCAGAUGAGGAUAACGAUGAAAUGCAUUUGAGUUGGGGAGAAGCAGACCUGAGGAAUGCCACAGACAGAACCACACGGACGAGAAGGAGGAACUCAAAGUUCUUCAACGCCCAGCUGUAUCAGCAGUACAGCGAGACGGCCCAGAACCGAGAGAUCCGCCAGUCUCGCUCCGACGUCCUCUCCGCCAGCGAGGACCUACCCGUCUCCCCGGCGCCCGUUCCCCCCUCCUCCCCGGCCCCCUCCCCGGCCUCCUCCCCACCCCCCUCCCCAACCCCUGCUCGUCGACCCCUGCCCCCCUUGCCCACGGUGCCCCACCCCCACUCCUUGUCCCACUCCGGCUCCUUCUCCAGCAUCUCCAGCACCGUCAGCGCCAAGUCGCUGCCCCUGCCCCUGCCCCCUCACGCUGAUGGCAGACCCUCCUCCCCCCGCCUUUCCAUCUCCCUCACCUCCUCCCCCACCCUGUGGCAGGACCUGCCGGGGGUCAGGGACAGCGUCGGGCUGGCGGAGGUCACAGACGAUCAAAGGCGUCUUCAAGAGGUGAGGUUUGAGGUGAUAACCUCAGAGGCCUCCUACUGUAGGAGCCUGGACAUCGUGGUGGAGCACUUUGUCAAAUCCAAACAGCUGGGGGCGCUGUUGACCACCCAGGACAGGAACUGGCUUUUCUCCCGGCUAGCAGACGUGCGCACCAUCAGCCACAGGUUCCUGUCAAAGCUGGAGGAAAGGGUGGAGUCAGACCUCCUACACUUCACAGUGUGUGACAUCAUCGCUCGCCACUGCCAACACUUCAAAAUGGUCUACGUGCCCUACCUAACCAACCAAUCCUACCAGGACGCCACCUACCAGAGACUCAUGGAGGAGAACGCUGGGUUUAAGCGGGUUGUGGAUAAGCUGGAACGAAGUUCUGUGUGUCAACGCCUACCUCUUCGCUCCUUCCUCAUACUCCCCUUCCAGAGGAUCACACGUAUCAAGCUACUUGUGCAGAACAUUGUGAAGAGGAUCGCUCCAGGGACAGACGAGGAGCUGCACGCUAUCAGAGCUAUGAAGCUCCUGGGGAAGCUGAUUCAGGAGAGCAACGACAGCAUCACCCAGAUGAAGAGCAUUGAGUCCCUGGUCUCUCUUAGUGCCAAGGUGGACUUUGAAUGCAGGACUCUGCCGCUAGUCAGUCAGUCUCGCAGGCUGGUACGAGAGGGGCCGGCGACUGAGUUGAUGGACUUUUCUCUGAAGGAGACGGAGAGGAGCGUGUACUUGCACCUGUUCAACGAUUACCUGCUGCUCUCGCUACACAAAGAUGGGGGGAGGUUCACUGUGAUAGACCACGCCCCCGUCUCUGAACUGCGGGGAGAGAACUGUCGGGUCAAACUGCACUCCCUUCAGAAGAACCUCUUCCGGCUGCACAUGUCUUCCAAAUCCUUGCUACUAAGAUCAGAUACUCAGAGUAAUAAGCUGCGCUGGAUAUCAGCUCUCUCCCGACCCCAUCCUGUUAUUGACUUCUCGGCAGCACAAGACUUCACUCAGAUGCAGUGUAUCAGGGCCUUUGUUGCCCAGCAACCAGACGGGCUGUCUUUGGAGAAAGCUGAUGUCAUUCUAGUGCACCAGCAGAGCAGUGAUGGUUGGGUGGAGGGCACCAGACUGUCAGACAGGCAGCGAGGAUGGGCUCCCGAGUCCCACCUGGAGACAAUAACGAGCCCAAGAGCUCAGCAGCGCAACCUGCUGGACGCUUUGAAAAUCACCACAGCAACAGCUGCCGUAUGAAAGACCAAUCACACCGAUGAAGUCCCAGAUGCAGGGCUAGGAUGCUGAAACCAGUGGCUGUGGACAGUGGUGGUUGAAUCGGUGCCAGACUGGAAUAGAAGCUAAAUGCAACAUGAUGCAACAAUGCAUGUCAAACCAGUGUUUGCCUCAAGGCUGUUCUCUUGGUGGGCCUGAACCUGCCUUGUCUAUUGUUUGUAUAGACUGUUACUGAAAAGCACCUUGACUUAUCUUUCUAAAGAGGACUGCAUCGCUGCAUCUCUGACUGUGGAUAGUAGGGCUCCAAUAACCUCAUGGCUCUUUCUUUAGGGACUGGAUUUGCAAUGUCUCUAUUUUCGGGAAAUGUAUUAUUUUUGUAUAAUAUUUUUUGUAGAAUUUAGGAAAUUCCUUUUAUUAUAAAUGUUGGGACAGAUGUUCGAAGAACUACAAAUUGUGCUAUGUGGAACUCUAUCGGUACAUUUCUAAGAUAGACGUUUGUCCACGUACAUAAGUCAGGGAGGAAGACAAGAAAACGGAAAAGAAAAUAACCAUUUUGGUUUUUCUUAUUCUUUAGAUGAUUCUUUUAAAGUGUGUCAUUUGAUAUGCCAACAUUGAUUCCAAACAAUUCAACAAGAUGUACAUCUUUGGUGUCCAAUAGGGUCUGAAAGUCUUCGACCACCAGAAAAAAUGCUUUGAUUUUGCUGUUUUUUUUUUAAGGUAAUACUAUUUUUCCAUUACAAAUGAUAAUGUCAGCUUUACAAUUUGAAGGAAAAGUUGAAUCUUUGAAAAAUACAGAUAAAUGUCAGUUUCCCCCCCAGUAUGUUCUAUUCCAUGAUUGUUUCAUCUGGUUUUCGGACUUUGGACUUCACUGUAUGUUUGGGUUGCAAUUUAGUAAAACUGUAUUACAUGACAUGAUGUUGUCAUAGUAACAUGUUGAUAGCAAUUUACACGGCAAAUGAUCCAAGUGUCAUGAAAUUUCUGGCAAAUUGCUAGAAUGGCGAAAGUGUUCUGUGGCAAAAUUGCAGAGGUUCCGUGAGAUCAUUUUCCAAAAUAAGAUAGUAGUGUCAUAUUUAGCUCAAAAAUCUAAAUGCAAGUAUUUUUAGGUUUCAAUUAUUUUCAAAAUAAAAAAAUUCUGUCUGAAGUAUUGGCUUGUUUGACAGAGGCGUUCAGAUUGGCGACUGACAGUUGAUCUCUCUCCUCAGGCUGUUUUGCUUUAAGCUGUACUCGUUUUGCUAAAAAGGACGAAUGGAUUUAUGUAACUUGAUGUUAACCUCCCAGAAAUGGGUUUUCGAAGGUUAUAAUGUCUGGAAUGGGUUAAUAAAUCAUUAUAGACAUGUACACAGACCCUUAAUAAACGUUCACAACCACCUA